CAGAAUCCCCCGCAAGGAAACAAACAUCACACAGGUGCACGCAUGGCACAGGUCACAUGGCGCUUCUUUUCUUGGGGCCCAAAGGACUGUGGGAACUGUAGUUCCCGGCGCACCCUGUGCGCAGGCGCGGCUCUUCUAGGAUGUAGGGCUUUUUUGGUCCUUGAUUGCUUUAGGAGCUUGGGGGGGAGGGGGCGGGGCUGGUGAAUGGGGUAGCUGGGAGGAUUGUGGUGCGGAGAAAGAACCUGCUACAGCCACGGACACGCGCAGGGUACGAGCUGACCCAGCGGAGCGGGAGACCCCUGCGUGUGCGCGCAUGAGCGUGGGAGCAAGAAGACUGGGGCGCACUGGAUUGCGGGCGCGCAGGAGCUGAGGAGCAGGAGCUGCCGAUGGCCCCGUGAUGCCCGAGCCACUGGCCAGGGGAGCCCGGAGGACGCCGGGAGACCAUGGAGGCCUUGGACCCCAUGCUGGAGGACAGAGGGAGUCUGCAGGACCGCGUCCUUUCCCCCGGAGGAGAGGUAAAGCAGCGGGAGGGCGUCCUGCCCGGUCUCCUCAGAGCCGGGGCCUUGGAAUCAGUGACUUUUCAGGAUGUGGCUGUGAACUUUACCCAUGAGGAGUGGGGGCACUUGAAGCCGGCCCAAAAGGACUUGUACAGGGAGGUGAUGAUGGAAAACUAUCAGAACUUUGUCUCCCUUGGUAAGGACAACUAGCUUCAGGAACAUCAUUUUUCCUUCCUGAAGACCAUGGGAUGUCUAAAUGGACAUAGCUGGGUGGUACAGUGUGGAUAGGGUGCCUAGGUCUGGAGACAGAAAGAUCUGAGUUCAAAUAUGGCUCAGACAUUGUGUAAAUUGUGUAAUCCUGGGCAAGUCACUUAAU